AAAAACGAAACAUCAUAACCUCCUUUGCCGCAUCAGAGAAAAGCGUGUAUUUAUAAAUUUAUUAACUAAUUUAUACCUCCGUGAAGCGUUUUAUUCGCCGAGAGGAUAAUAAUGGCAGAAGAAGUAAAUCCUAAAGCUUAUCCCCUGGCUGAUGCAUCAUUGACAUCUAAGAUAUUAAACCUUGUACAACAAGCUCUGAAUUAUAAACAACUCAGAAAAGGGGCCAAUGAAGUUACCAAAACAUUGAACCGUGGCAUAGCAGAGUUUAUUGUAAUGGCAGCUGAUGCUGAACCAUUAGAAAUCUUACUGCAUCUCCCUUUACUUUGUGAAGACAAAAAUGUACCAUAUGUUUUUGUCAAGUCAAAACAAGCAUUAGGACGAGCCUGUGGAGUCUCCAGGCCAGUUAUAGCUUGCAGUGUUACUGUAAAUGAAGGCUCACAACUUAAACCACAAAUCCAGACAAUACAAACAGAAAUUGAACGUUUGUUAGUGUAGAAGUAAAGUACAAUGUGUAAUCUUUUUUUAUAUUAUCUAAUAAGAAUACUUAAUUACUUGUAAGUAUGUAAUUGCUAAUAAAUAAGUGAUUUCA